CUCCAGAAUGCGGUCAAGAUGGCUCCUCGCACUCUUCGCGAGCUUGAAACUGGCAGUUUUUGUAGCUAGUCAACACGACCACACGCCGAUGGUAUUUGAGCCAUCGCACGUUGCUCUUCAGCUUGCAGUAUCCAAUUUCACCGACAUUAUAGGGAAGCAGACGGCCACCCAGCAAUGUCUCGUUGAGUUCUACGCGUCGUGGUGCCCUGCGUGUAAACACUUUGCUCCUACUUUCGAGAAGAUAGCAAAGUUCCUGAGCACUCAGAAGCUUGACGGAGGAAAACUCUUCAUCGCGCGUGUGGACUGCGCAACUGAGGUGGACCUGUGCAGCGCAUUUGAGAUCGGCGCCUACCCCUCGCUGCUGCUGGGGCCUGGCCCCGCCUUCGUCGCCAAGCAGCGCAAGUCGCUGGCCAACUUCGAGGGGCCGCGCGAGCUGGCGCCCAUCCUCACCUGGGUGGGAGCUGCCUUCAACACCACGCUAACAUACGUGGAGCCGGCCGAGGAGGAGGAGGGCAGCGGCGCCACAGCCGGCAGCGGCAAUGGCUCGGACAGCAAGGGGGCGGGGGCAGGCAAGGCUGCGGUAACGGCGGCGACGGGGGCGGCGGCGAGCGGCAAGCGGCGUCCGCGGCCGCCGCCAGGCGCCCCGGAGUGGACGCUGGCGGACGUGGAGGGCGCGACCCUGAUGCUGUGGCAGAUCAUAGGCAGCACGCCGCUGCUCCAUCGCGGCGCCGCCAAGCGCGAGGCGCUGCAGCUGCUGCUGGCGGCGUGGGCGGAGGCGCACCCCAGCCCCAGCUGCAAGGCCGGCUCGGCCCGCCUGCUUGAGGGCUACGAGGCGGCCUGGCCGGCGGCGGCGGAGGACGCGCCGCCGGGCCUGACGCGGGCCGCGCUGUGCGGCCCCCCCGGCGGCCUGGCCUGGCGGGGGCUCUGGUCGGCGUGUGCGGGCAGCCAGCCCGACAGCCGCGGCUUCUCCUGCGGCUUGUGGUUCCUCAUACACACACUGGCGGCCAGGAUGCCCAGCCCCACCUCCGUGCUGGAGUACCUGCGCGCCUUCAACACACACUUCUUCCUGUGCGAGCCGUGCCAGAAGCACUUUGGCCGCAUCCUGGCCUCCCCCGAGGCCGCCGCCGCCACCGCCAGCCGCCGGGACCUGGUGCUGUGGCUGUGGCGCACACACAACGAGGUGAACGAGCGGCUGCGCGGCAUUGAGACCCGCUACGGCCACUCCACCACCGGCGACCCCGAGUGGCCCAAGGAGGUGUGGCCGGCGCCGGAGGCCUGCCCCGCCUGCCGGGUCCAGUACAAGCCCGGAUCUGGUUCUGGAUCCGGAUCCGGCGCACUGCCUGGAUCCUGGGACGAGGAGGCGGUGUACCAGUACCUGACCGCGGCGUACGGCCCCGGCAGCGCGCCGGGCGCCGACGGCAUUGUGAAGGAGGCGGCGGUGGGCGGCGGCGGCGGCGGCGGCGGGGUAUUGUUGUCGGAGAAGGGCUUGUACAGCCGCAGAGUCCCGCCGCCCACAUCCACGCUGUACAGCAUGCUGCCGGUGGCGGGCGUGCUGGCGGCGGCGCUGAUGCUGUACAUAUUCGUACGGCGAAUGCGGGUGGCGGCGGCGGCGGGCGUCGGCGGCGGCCGGAACGGCGGUGCCGGGCGUCACGUGCUGGGCUCUGGAGGUCUGCGCGGCGGCGGCGGCAGUGGCAGCGGCCACUGGGGCGGCGGCGGCCACGGCGGCGGCGGCGGCGGCGGCGGGCUGUGGGGCGGCGGCGGCGUUAAAUGACGGGGCGGCCCACGAGCGGAGUAUCCUGCAGCUGUGGGGGCGGGAGGAGGGGUGGGGGCUCUGGCGGGUGGCGUGGCGGGCGCGGCCGGCAGCGGCAGCCCCGGCAGCGGCCCCGGGCCCUACCCGCCUCCUGCUUCCAGCACUGUGACCGUUCGUGGGCGAUCGGGCGCGGCCGCCGUCAGCGGCGGCGGUGGUGGCGGCGGCGGCGGUGGUGGCGGCGGCACCGGGUAUGGUAGUGGUGGUGGUGGCGGUGCCGGUGGUGCUUUGCCGCCGGGCGCGUAUGUGUCUGUAGCGGUGGGUGGGCUGUUCGGCGGCCUAGGAAUGGGGGGCGGUGGUGGCGGCGGCGGCGGCGGCGGCGGAGACGUGGAGUAUGGGUCUAAGGACGCCUAGGCAACGGCGUGACUGGCUCCAUGUGGAGCUGGAGCUGUCCGACUACCCCUGGUUACAAUCAGACGUGGAGGCGGGCCGUACGGUGGGUCCCAGGGGUGCUUGAGCGAGCGACCGCGUUCGUGGUGAGGAUAGCUUCUUUGUGAUUCGAACUGCAUAGUAGUAGCUGGUCAACCCAUGGGAAACUUCAGGUUGUGACCGCUUGUCCUGAAGACCACCCUGGCGGGACUCAGAACGAACGAGUGCGUGCAUACGGCUGCCGUCAUGGCGACGCACAUGGCACCCGCUUCAUACAGUCUGCAUCAUUACGCAUUGUGUGAGGAAACUGGCCUUCCGUUGUUGAGACUUGAGCGGCCGCAUCCACUAUACAAUGCAAAUGCUGUAGCAGUGAACGCGUGUAGAGGAUUACUCAAUGUGACAUCAUGAUGUCGUGUCCUGGCGUUCUGCACGAUUUGGAGUCACGCUUGUGUGCGCGGACUAUAGAAAGAUCUGUUUGGAUAAGGGCGUCGUACUGCAUGGAGGCAGCGACGUCUCGAGGCCAAGUGCGCGGGAGAGAGCCACCAGCUCGUCUUUUGGCUCUCGUCCCGAACGUGCGCCCCCUGAUAUAGACCAAGCCUAGUCUCGUUGUAAUAUUUGAGAGUCUGAUCAACUCCUACAACGGGGAUAGCCACAUCUCCAGCCGGAGCCUGGAGCGAAACCACACAGUACGUUGAGCAGGGCUGCGUACACGCAUUUGCCUUGUGUGCUUGUGCAGGUGCAGUAACAGAGACACAACCCCACAAGGCAAAUGCGUUUAUGCCUCCUCGGCUGAAAAGGCGGAGCGGCUAGCCUGUGCGGCGCGCACUGGACGGGUGCGUGCUCAGCCCAUGUAUGACGGCGUCUGAGGUGGAGCAAUUGUGCGAGGUCAUUCCGCUGGAUCUGUGCGGAAGCGUGUUUGUGCCGUGGAAGUGCAGUGAUGAGGUGGUGGAAGUGCUUCGUAGCAACGGUUGUCGGGUGAGGUUUAGCAUGAAGAAGGAGCCAAGGAGGAUGUGCGAUGUGUUGAGGAAAAGGGCUUUGAGAAGGCUAAGUCUGAUGGUGUGUUGAAUGGUGUUGCUUUACUAGAUGUGUCCCCGGAGUGUGUGUAUAGCUGCCAAGUUGCCUUGGGAGUAUGUCACGCAGGCUGAUUCGGCGCGCCUGAAGUGGUUGCGUUCGAUGCAGCGGGAGCAGAAGUUGGGGGUGAUUCCGUGUGGCAAUUGUGAUCUUUGCAUCCAUGAUGGCGCGGAGUGCCUUUGUGCGCACCACUGGCGGUCGGGUUGUGAGUGUGUCCAUCUUUUAAGUGUGAUCUUACUUUAUGCGUGUUUUUGGGCUGAGCCCCCCAGCGCAGCGUUCCAGGGGGGGGCGAAGCCCCCCAGGACCACCCCCGUCCGUGGCUGCGUGCGUGCGUGCGUGCGUGCGUGCGUGCGUGGCCUAGUCUUAGCGCGCCCCGAAAGCUCAAGCAAACCUGUCUUGACAUGAGCUUCUCGGCCUUGUAGUUGAGAGGUUGUGGGUGGGUGGUGGCUUUAUUUGUGUGUGGGCAGGACGCACGUGUGGCCGACCGUGCUAGUGCCUGGACGCUUGCGCCCUGGUUAGUGCGUGCGCUGUGCGUGUGUGCUGCGGCCUGGACGAUUCCCGGCACUCCGGUGCCUAGGCUAGUACCGU